CUUUGUUUCUGUUUCUCUCUCCUCAAGUCAAACGAAAUGGACAAGUCAGAUCUCGAGGAAUAUCAACUCAAGCUUACACAAGUUGAGGCCGCCUUGCAAGCUGAUCCCGACAACGCUGAACUCGCAGCCCUUCAUUCAGAGCUGAAAGAGCUCAUCGAGCUUGCUCAGGCCGCUAUCGCCCAAGCCGAAGCAGCCUCCUCUUCAUCCAAAUCUGACAACAAAAAGGCUUCGUCUUCUACAUCCACCCCUGCGCAUGUAUGGUCAGCAGGAGACGACUGCCUAGCACGAUAUUCUGCCGACGGACAGUGGUAUCCUGCACGAAUCACAUUUGUCGGCGGUGCUGCCGACAACCGGGUGUACAGCAUCGUGUUCAAGGGGUACAACACAACCGAACUAGUCAAAUCUACCGACCUGAAACCAUUACCCGCAAACUAUGCUAGCACGGCACCCGUCACCGGCAAACGAAAGCUAACGAAAGCCGAGGAAGAGGAGCGGGAAAGGAAGAAGAAGAAGAAUGAGAAAAAGCUGGAGAUGAAAGCUCAGAAAGCGAAGGAGCAGGCCGCGAAACAGCAAUCGUGGCAGAAGUUCGCCAAGAAGUCGGAAAAGAAGGGCAUCCAUAUUGCUGGUGUAGCGGGGACUAGUAUCUUCAAGACUCCAGACAACCCUAUGGGAAGAGUUGGAGUAACAGGCAGUGGCAGAGGAAUGACAGAGGUGGCUGCUAAGACGAAACACAAGUUUGAGGGAGCAGGUGAAGAGCUCUGA